AUGGCCCCAUUGAAGAAGACGAGCAACGGCCGGUCGCCGAUGGUCAAUCCGCAGCGUCAGAUCACCGCAUUCUUCGAAAAGAAGCCGGAAUCGUCGCCCUCUCCUUCACCUUCGCCAUCGCCCAUUCUCUCUAACCCGAAUUUGACCUCUGCCUCACCAGUUAGCUCCAUUAAAAAAUCGACGUGCAUGAAGCCCUUUAUUGCUGUCACCCCGAAUUCGGCAUCUGCCUCACCUGAAUCUCGGAGCUCCGAUAAAAAAACACGCGGGCCUGAUGCUGUUGACAGGAGGAUCAAGGUGUAUUGGCCAUUGGAUAAGUCUUGGUAUGAAGGUUGCUUGAAGUCUUUCGACAAGAUAUCGGGCAAGCAUCUGGUGCAGUAUGAUGACGGCGAGGAGGAGCUGACGAAGAAGAAGCUCCGGAGGCUUAGAAGACUGUCGGUGGUGGAAGACGAUGAGGACGUUAAUGGCGUUCUUAGUGAUAUCCAAGAAGUAGAAGAUGAUUCGGGUGCUGAGGAUUGGAAGGGAAAUGAUGAAAAUGAAAUGUUAGACGAUGAGGACGGAUUGGAGGAUAUGAACUUGGAGAUGGAAAAAGAGGAAUCUGGAAAGGAUGGUCUUGGGAAGAAGAGGAGCUCCCGGAAAAGGAAUGUGAGUGAAAAAGAACAAAUGUCGUUGGCCAACAAGAAAGGCAAAUUUGAUGGAGGGUUGAAAAAUAGUGCUGCAGAGGUCUCAGCUGCAGAAAAGUUGACUGAGCCCAGUAAAAGAAUUAGUCCUUGUAGUGAGAAAGUAUCUCUUGUAGAUAGCUCCAAAAUGGUAGAUGAUGCAGAGAUUGCCAGUCGAGAAGCAGAUAAAUUGCAUUUCCUUGAUGUAAAUCGUAAAGAUGCAAGUGGAAGGCCCCCUGGAGAUGUAAAUUAUGACCCAAGAACUCUUUAUUUGCCGUCAGAUUUUGUGAAAAACUUAACUGUAGGCCAGAGGCAAUGGUGGGAGUUUAAGUCAAAGCAUAUGGAUAAGGUUCUCUUUUUCAAGAUGGGCAAGUUCUGUGAGCUUUUUGAAAUGGAUGCACAUGUUGGAGCCAGAGAGCUUGGUUUGCAGUAUAUGAAGGGGGAGCAACCUCAUUGUGGAUUUCCGGAGAAGAACUUCUCAAUGAAUGUAGAGAAGCUGGCCAGAAAGGGAUAUCGUGUUCUUGUUGUGGAGCAAACAGAGACACCUGAACAGCUUGAGCUUCGGCGAAAGGAAAAAGGCUCUAAAGAUAAGGUUGUGAAACGAGAGAUAUGUGCUGUGGUUACAAAAGGCACUUUAACAGAAGGAGAAAUGCUUUCAACCAACCCUGAUGCUUUCUAUCUAUUAGCAGUGACGGAGGGCUGUCUAACUUCCGCAAAUCAACAAGGAGUUCAUAUAUUUGGUAUAUGUGUGGUUGAUGCUGCAACGAGCAAGAUUGUCCUUGGAGAGUUCAGGGAUGUUGCGGAUUGGCGUUCAUUAUGCAGUUUAUUAUCUGAGUUGAGACCAGUUGAAAUUAUAAAACCUGCUAAGCUGCUUUGUCCUGAGACUGAAAAGGCACUGCUUAGGCAUACAAGAAAUCCUUUGGUUAAUGAAUCGAUUCCCUUUUAUGAAUUCUGGGAUACUGAAAAAACUAUUCGUGAGGUUACGACUAUCUAUCAAGGAGCUGGAAGUUAUUCACGUUCAGCGAGUGAAGUAGUUGCUCAAUCCAGUGAAUCUUUAUUUGAAAUUGAUGGUACAAACUGCCUACCUGAUGUAUUAUCCAAUCUUGUGAGUGCUGGUGAAAAUGGAAGCCAAGCACUCUCAGCUCUUGGUGGCGCUAUUUUCUAUCUGAAACAGGCUUUCUUGGGUGAAACUCUUGUCAGAUUUGCGAACUUUCAAUUGCUUCAGUGUUCUGGUUUUGGUGAAAUAACUCAAAAACCAUAUAUGGUUCUUGAUGCAUCUGCACUGGAAAAUCUUGAGAUAUUUGAGAACAACAGAAAUGGAGAUUCUUCAAGGACACUAUAUGCUCAGUUGAAUCAUUGUGCCACAAUAUUUGGUAAAAGAUUACUUAGAACAUGGCUGGCAAGACCUUUGCAUCAUAUUGAGUCAAUUAAGGAACGCCAGGAUGCUAUUGCAGGACUGAAAAAAGGAGUAAACCAAUCACAUGUUCUUGACUUUAGAAAAGAGUUGUCAAAGCUUCCUGACAUGGAGCGUUUGCUUGCACGCAUCUUUGCUGGCAGUGAAGCUAAUGGAAGGAAAGCAAACAAAGUUGUUCUGUAUGAGGAUGCAUUUAAGAAGCAGCUCCAAGAAUUCAUUUCAGCUCUACGUGGAUGUGAAAUGAUGACGCAUGGAUGCUCUUCACUUGAAGCCAUCUUAGACAAUGUGGAGUCCAGACUGCUGAGUCAUUUAUUAAUGCCUGUCUGUAGGGACUCUGAAGUUCAUUCAAGUUUGAAGCAUUUCAAAAAUGCCUUUGAUUGGGAGGAAGCCAAUCAGUCAGGGCGAAUAAUACCUCGAGAAGGGGCUGAUGUUGAGUAUGAUGCUGCAUGCCAAAUGGUUAGAAAUAUUGAGUCCAAUCUCCAAAAACAUUUAAAGGAACAGAGGAAAGUACUUGGAGAUGCAUCUAUUUGUUUUGUCACGAUUGGAAAAGAUGCAUAUCUUUUGGAAGUGCGUGAAAGUUUAUCACAGAGCAUUCCAAAGGAAUACGAGUUAAGAUCAUCUAAGAAGGGUUUCUGCCGCUACUGGACUCCAGUGAUUAAAGAUUUGAUGAAAGAGCUUGCUCAAGCUGAAUCCGAGAAGGAAGCAAAGUUGAAGAGCAUUUUCCGGAGACUAAUUGAACGAUUCUGCGAGAAUCACAUUAAAUGGAGACAAAUAGUCUCUGCGAUAGCAGAACUGGAUUGUUUAAUCAGCUUGUCCAUUGCAACUAGAUAUUAUGAAGGCCAAACUUGUUGUCCAAUUAUAAACACAAUACAUCAUAAUGACUUGCCAUGCCUUAGUGCUAAGAGUUUAGGACAUCCUGUUCUAAGAAGUGAUGCUUUGGGAGAGAGUACUUUUGUUACCAAUGAUGUCAUGCUGGGUGGUCCUGCUCAGGCUAGCUUUAUACCCCUUACAGGUCCCAACAUGGGUGGGAAGUCUACCCUACUACGCCAAAUUUGCUUGGCUGUGAUUCUGGCCCAAAUAGGAGCAGAUGUGCCCGCUGCGAGUUUUGAGUUGUCUCCUGUAGAUCAGAUAUUUGUUCGAAUGGGUGCUAAAGAUCAGAUUAUGGCCGGCCACAACACUUUUCUGACUGAGCUUUCUGAGACUGCAUCUAUGAUGAAUUCCGCAACCCGAAAUUCCCUCGUGGCAUUGGACGAGCUGGGACGAGGCACAUCAACAUCAGAUGGACAAGCCAUUGCAACCCAUGGAACCGUUAUUGCAUACUUGAAGCUUGAUGGGGGUUAUUUACUUGCCAGCGAUUCACGACGAGGUUAUCUGUUAGGAGACAAGAGAUACGUUGUUGUUCAGUACGUGGGGGAACGUGUUGUUAAUGAGUACCUUCCCCCCGGAGAAAGUAACCAUAUCCAUAAUUUGAAUGAAACCGUGUACAAGUUGAGAAAUCCCGUGGCUUAUCAAGAGCUUGGAGGAGCGAUUGUCCCUUAUAUUCCUGGUCCAUAG